ACUUUUUGGCUCAUGGCCAACCAACCACGCUGCCCCUCCACGCCAAUACCUGGCGCCUGCCACCUUACCUACUGUGUAAAAUCGAGCCCCUGAAUAUCUCCUCCCACCGUCCGUCCACCAGCAAGCAGCCUUGCACCAUGUCCGCUGGCCAACAACAGCAGCAUCUUCCGCCCGACAACGGCGAGUUCUGGCUCUUUGGCUACGGAAGCCUGAUAUGGAAACCGCCGCCACACUUUGAUCGGCGGAUUCCCGGCUUCGUCACGGGCUACGUCCGGCGCUUCUGGCAGGCGAGCCAAGACCACAGGGGGACGCCCGACAAGCCCGGCCGCGUCGUCACCCUCCUCGAGCGGUCGCACUGGGAGACCCUGACGGACCACCACGACACGGCGCCUGACCGGGUCUGGGGCACCGCCUACCGCAUCGAGGCCGACAGAGUCGACGAGGUCAAGGAGUACCUCGACAUACGCGAGAUCAACGGCUACACCAUCCACUACACGCCCUUCCACCCGGCCGACGGCACCCCCGGCCCCAUCCGGACCCUGGUGUACAUUGGCACCCCCGACAACGACCAAUUCGUCGGCCCGCAGGACGUCCAGGCCCUGGCCGAGCACAUCUCGCGCUCGCACGGCCCUUCCGGCCCGAACGUCGACUACCUGCUGUCGCUACACGAAGUACUCGAGGGGUUGAGCCCAGAGAGCGGCGACGAGCACGUCACCGACCUGGCCCAGCGCGUCCGCUUGUUGGCUAACCGCACGCUCACCGGCGACGCUCCUCACGAGUUUGAGCUAGCAAAGAGCAUAAAAGAGCAAGAAGAGACAGAGAAGUAGUGCAAUAAAAUGCAAGCGGGGAUGUAGAGAAAUCAAUCCGAAGAAGGAAAUAGAAUAGACAGACUUUCCAUAACCCGACGUCUCGCUCACGGUGCUGACGGCAACUCUUUGUCGUCGCGAGGCUCCCCAAAUCCCUUCAAGUCUCCUACAUAACAUUCCCUUCUCUCAAAACCCGGCCCCCCCUCCCCCCAUUCGUCUUUUGAACCCAAUCUCCCACCAUUCUUUGCC